AACCGUCCCUAAAUAGAAUCAAACCUCCCCGCUUCACUUCCCAUUUCCACGAUCUCGCUCUCUCUCUCUCUCUCUCAAAAUAAAAUGCAAAUUACCCGCCUACUUCCACGGCGAACCGCCACCGCCGCCUCCGACGACCUCCGAUGCAACGAUCCAACAACUGUCCUCUCCGUCUGAUUAUGCAUCCGUUCUGCUGCGUCUCCACCGUCAACAACGACCGCAGCUCGAGCGCCCUCCCGGACCUCCCCCCGCCGCCGUCCAUGCCGUCGGAGAUCUCCACCGCCUCCUCCAGCGGGCGAAGAUCCGAUUCCAACGAUGUCGGUCGCCGGAGCCAGCGGACCGUGGUGCCGGCGUCGGCCGCGGCGGAAUCAGGGCCGCCGCGGCCCGGGCCCGCGCCGCAGCUGCUGCUGAGCGGGGACCAGCGGGAGGUGAAGAUAAAUGAUCUGGUGGGGAGCGGGAUAUCGGGCGUGUUGUACAAGUGGGUGAAUUACGGGAAGGGGUGGCGGCCGAGGUGGUUUGUGUUACAAGAUGGAGUGCUGUCGUAUUAUAAGAUCCACGGGCCUGAUAAGAUUGUGGUCAGCCUGGAGACGGAGAAGGGGUCGAGGGUUAUAGGUGAGGAUUCGCUGCGGCGGAUAUCGAGGCGGAAGACUGGUGGGACUCAGCUUCGGCGGAAGCCUGUUGGGGAAGUUCAUCUCAAGGUUUCAUCAAUACGUGAGAGCAGGUCAGAUGACAAGAGGUUCUCUAUUUUUACGGGAACAAAGAGGCUGCACUUGAGGGCUGAGACUCGAGAUGAUCGAAUGGCAUGGAUGGAUGCAUUGCAAGCUGUGAAGGACAUGUUCCCAAGGCUGUCAAACAGUGAAUUAAUGGCUCCUGUGGAUAAUGUUGUAGUGUCUACAGAAAAGUUGAGGCAGCGGUUAUUGGAAGAAGGUUUGAGUGAGGCAGCUAUACAUGAUAGUGAGCAGAUUGUGAGGAGUGAGUUUGCAGUGCUGCAGAGUCAGCUUAUGGUGCUGAAACAGAAGCAUUGGCUCCUCCUCGACACGCUGCGGCAGUUAGAGACAGAAAAAGUUGAUCUGGAGAAUACAGUUGUCGAUGAGAGCCAAAGACAAUUGAAGGAGCUGGAACCUUCAUAUGGCUCAAGGCAAGACAAAUCUAGUGAAGGAACUGCAAGCGAUUCUGAAGAUGACCAUGAGAGAGGUGAUGCUGCAGAAGAAGAGACAGAUGAUGAUGAGAAUGCAUUCUUUGAUACUCGUGAUUUUCUCUCGUCAAGUUCUUUUAAAAGCUGUGGUUCUGAUUUGCGGACAUCAUCUUUCUCCUCUGAUGAAGAGCUUUAUUCUUUUGAAUCUGAGGAUGAUGUUGACCCUUCUAUUAAAUCAGUUGGAAAGAACUUUCCUCAUGUUAAGCGUCGGAAGAGGUUGCCUGAGCCUGUUGAGAAGGAGAAAGGAGUAAGUCUUUGGUCCAUGAUCAAAGAUAAUAUUGGGAAGGACCUGACAAAAGUUUGUCUCCCUGUCUACUUUAACGAACCUCUCUCUUCACUGCAAAAAUGUUUUGAAGAUCUGGAAUAUUCAUAUCUUAUUGACCGGGCAUAUGAAUGGGGGAAAAGGGGUAACAGCCUUAUGAGGAUAUUAAACGUUGCUGCAUUUGCUGUAUCUGGAUAUGCUUCUACCGAAGGAAGACAUUGCAAGCCAUUUAAUCCAUUACUGGGGGAGACAUAUGAGGCUGAAUAUCCAGAUAAAGGCCUUCGGUUUUUCUCAGAGAAGGUCAGUCAUCAUCCUAUGAUUGUAGCAUGCCAUUGUGAGGGUACAGGAUGGAAAUUUUGGGGGGACAGCAAUCUGAAAAGUAAAUUUUGGGGCCGUUCAAUUCAGCUUGACCCUGUAGGUGUUUUGACCUUGGAAUUUGAUGAUGGAGAAGUUUUUCAGUGGAGUAAGGUAACGACAUCUAUCUAUAAUCUGAUACUGGGAAAACUUUAUUGUGAUCACUACGGAACAAUGCGGGUGGAGGGGAACCACAACUAUUCAUGUAAGCUAAAGUUCAAGGAGCAAUCUAUCAUAGACCGCAAUCCUCACCAGGUGCAGGGUAUAGUGCAGGAUAAGAAUGGAAAAACAGUGGCAACUCUAUUUGGGAAAUGGGAUGAGAGCUUGUAUUAUAUGAAUGGAGAAUCCUCUGGGAAGGGGAAAGGAACCGAAGUGCCAGAAGCCCAUUUGCUUUGGAAGCGAAGCAAGCCUCCCAAGUUCCCCACUAGAUAUAAUUUGACACGCUUUGCCAUCACAUUAAAUGAGCUCACUUCGCAAUUGAAGGAGAAGUUGCCACCCACAGAUUCAAGGCUCAGACCCGAUCAGAGGUCCUUGGAAAAUGGGGAGUAUGACAUGGCAAAUUCAGAGAAGUUGCGCCUCGAGCAACGGCAACGGCAGGCUCGAAAGAUGCAGGAGAGUGGCUGGAAGCCCAAGUGGUUUGCAAAGGAGAAAGGAAGUGAUACCUACCACUACAUUGGUGGUUAUUGGGAGGCUAGAGAGAAGAGGAGCUGGGAUUCAUGCCCUGAUAUCUUUGGUCAUUUCCCUUCUGAUCAGGUAUCCGAGUGAUUGAGUAUGUCCCCGAAUCCUUUUCAUGGUAUUCCUCUUUUUCUUAUUUUUCCUCGACAGAUUAGAUAGACGGCCGAUGGCAAUUUAGGUUGGUGUCACAUUCAUGUAAGUAAACUAGACACAAGUGUGGCUGCAUAAUAAAAAUCAGUAGAAAUUUUCAUUUCA